UUACGCGCACUGGCUGCUGCUGCUGCUGCUGCUGUCCUGGAUGCUGCACGGACUGACACAGAAGGCGGCUGCAUCCCAACAUUUUUUUAUUUUUCUUUUUGAAACGUAUCGAACCAUAAAAGCUGCGAGUGUUGAGAGCCUGAGCUGAGCGGACAGAGGUUCGGCACCGGGAGCUGUUGUUUGGUGUAAACAGUGCGGUGGAGAUGGAGCGGUGGAAAGGCAGAGUGGCCCUGGUGACCGGAGCCUCGGUGGGAAUUGGAGCGGCUGUAGCCCGGGCACUGGUCCAGCAAGGCAUGAGGGUUGUCGGCUGUGCCAGGAAUGUCGACAAAAUAGAGAAGCUGGCAGCAGAAUGUCAGAGCGCCGGCUACAGUGGCACGCUGAUCCCAUACAAGUGCGACCUGUCCAACGAGGAGGAGAUCCUGUCCAUGUUCUCAGCCAUCAAGACGCUGCACAAGGGCGUGGACGUCUGCAUCAACAACGCUGGACUGGCCCACAACGAACCUCUGCUCAGCGGGAAGACAGAAGGCUGGAGGAACAUGAUCGACGUGAAUGUCUUGGCCUUGUCCAUCUGCACCCGCGAGGCGUACAAAUCCAUGAAGGAGAGGAAUGUGGACGAUGGCCACAUCAUCAAUAUUAACAGUAUGGGGGGACACCGAAUGGUGCCGAGCGCUGACGAGCAUUUCUACUGUGCCACUAAAUAUGCUGUGACUGCUCUGACUGAGGGGAUACGACAGGAGCUCCGAGAAGCAAACACCCACAUCAGAGCCACAUGUAUAUCUCCUGGAAUCGUGGAGACUGAGUUUGCCUUCCGGCACCACAACAGUGAUCCAGAGAAAGCAGCUGCAGUGUACGAGAGUAUGAAAUGUUUGAAAGCAGAAGACAUAGCCAGUGCAGUCACGUUUGUCCUCAGUGCCCCUCCUCAUGUCCAGAUUGGAGAUGUGCAGAUGAGGCCGGUCGAGCAGGUGUCAUAGCAGUGAAACAGUGAAGCUGCAGGAGGAGCAGACAGACAGCAGCCAUGGUGACUCCUUGGCGACCUCUGCUGGGCAAAGGGGGUGGGGGGUAAAAACAAAUCAACUACAGCUGUGUUGGGUCUGCCGGACGUGGCCAAAUAGGGCUGGAGCCUUAAGGAGGCUGUGCGAGGAAAUGAAGGGCGUGGACUUUGUAAACCACUACAAAAAUACUACUGAACGCAGCGAGCUGGCAUUUUGUGAAUUGUUGGGCUCAGUCCUGCGCUGAGCCGACUCCAAACUACAGUAGGAUCAAAUAAAGAGCGAGCCGCCGCCGCCGCUGCUGCUGCGCUGUGCGGUCAUCUGCACGGCCAUCACUUCAGAGGGACGAGUAUGCCAUUGAUUGCACAUGUUUUUGUUUUUUUUCUGUUUUUGUAGGUCAUAUGACAUAUCUUUUUGAAAUUAAAUUGAAAGAGUAAUUGCUGUUUAUAAGAAUGACAACUUCUUUUUUUUUUUUUUUGGUUUUAUUUUUUAAAUAAAGAUUUUAGCUUUUGAUUCUAGAUAGAUGUGGUCUCAUAUGAACUAACUCUAGACAACACCAACUUUAAGUAACCAUUAGCGGUCUGUCCAUCCUGCCACCUUUACUCACUAUGAUUUCACAUUCAGUUAGCCUUGUUUGGAUCUGUGAACCCCGUACGAGGGGGUCAGGGAACGACCCUGGUCUGUUUAAGCACAUGGGUUUCUACAAUCCACCGUCUUGCCUGUGUCGUUUCAGUUGUUCUGCACUUUGGAUUCAUUCGUGAGGAGUUACAGGAAAGUAACACUGGCAACUUAUGUAGGGGAUCGAACUAACUCAACAUGUGUACCCUAGGAACGUGUACGGCGAGGCGGGUUUAUUUGUGUAGCACAAUUUGUACCCGCUUCGUAAGCGCUUCACACAACGACAGAUAAAAUCAGUCCACAGAACAUGAACACAAUUAUUAAUUCCAUUAAAAGCAAAGAGGCAGAUAAAAUCAAUCCAUAUAAACAUUAAUUAGAAGAGUACAGAUAAAACACUUUCAGCCGUCAUAUGCACAACUAAAUAGAACUGUUGUACCCUUCUCUUGGAACUUUCUCAUUAAAUGAAUUAAUAAAAACUGUUGCCCAGA